UACACACCUACAAUUUCUACCAAUUCCUUCAUUCGUCCCUUCUUUCUCCCUACAAGAUCAUUUAUUCUGCCUCUUCAAUCGCAGAAUUUCGUCUCUCAAUCAGAGCACGAGGGUUGCGGGUUAUGGUGGUUGUGAAGUCACAUCAAGAGAAAGAACAUGGAAAGAACUCCAUUAAAACUAAAGUUGGUGGCUUUUGAAGAGCAAAUUAACAUAGUUAUAAGUGUUUAAUAUAAAACGCUUAGCUUCUGAAAAUGAUGCAAUUUCAGAAAGCUUCUGUUUAAUGGAAAGCAUACCCACCACAAGUGACAAGAAAACUCUAAAAAGGUGGUUUUUUAUCGAUAAAACAGUUGGAUAAACAGUGAUCAAAUUAUUUUGUUUGAAUAUAUAUAUAUAUAUAUAAAAAAAAAAAAGAAAAAAUGGAUUUGAAGCCAAAAAAUGCUCCAGUUCUUGCGGAUCCUUCUCCUUUAAACAAAUCAAGAUUAGGGAUGCCUUCAAGCAUGCUGCCAUGUUCACAAUCUGGAGCUCCAUUUUCCUCAACCAUGUUAACUGCUCCAAGAAAAAAACCCGGGAAACUUGAUGAUGUGAGAUCCAAUGGGUGGCUUGAUGCCAUGCAAUCUUCUUCUCCUCCUCGUAAGAAAAUUGUCAAAGAUUUUGGAGUUGAGGUUGCAUCUGAUGAUAGUGAUAUUGUUUAUAACUCUUGGAUGCUUAAGUACCCAUCAGCUCUCAACUCUUUUGAUCAUAUUAUAAAUCGUGCAAAAGAUAAGGAAAUUGUUAUAUUCUUGGAUUAUGAUGGGACACUCUCACCAAUUGUAGAUGAUCCUGAUCGUGCUUUUAUGUCUGCUGAUAUGCAUUCUGCUGUAAAAGGUGUUGCAGAAUAUUUUCCCACAGCAAUAAUUAGUGGAAGAAGCCGUGAUAAGGUGUAUGAGUUAGUAGGACUAGCAGAACUGUAUUAUGCGGGUAGCCAUGGAAUGGACAUCAUGUUUCCUGUUCAAGAAACAUCCUCUCUCCACCAAAAUACUUACAUUAGAUCUACUGACAAACAGGGAAAGGAAGUGAACUUGUUCCAACCUGCUAGCGAAUUUAUACCUAUGAUCGAUGAGGUUUUUAAAACCCUUGUCGAGGUUACUAAGGAUAUUAAAGGUGCAAAAGUGGAAAAUCACAAAUUUUGUACCUCUGUACAUUACCGUAACGUAGAUGAGAAGAGUUGGCUUACAGUUGCACAAUGUGUUCAUGAUGUGUUAAAGGAUUAUCCUCGUUUGCGACUAACUCAUGGACGGAAGGUUUUAGAGGUCCGUCCUGUAAUUGAUUGGGACAAAGGAAGGGCUGUUGAGUUUCUUCUUGAAACACUGGGGCUAAGCAACAGUGAUGAUGUGCUUCCGAUUUAUAUUGGGGAUGAUAGAACAGACGAAGAUGCAUUCAAGGUUUUGAGAGAAGGAAACCGUGGAUAUGGAAUUUUGGUGUCUUCCGCACCCAAAGAAAGCAAAGCCUUUUUAUCUCUUAGAGACACUACAGAGGUGUCAGAGUUUCUCAAGAGCCUAGUGAAAUGGAAGGAACAACAGUAAGAGUAAGAGUAAGAAGAUGAUUUGUGAAAAGUGGGUACAGAUGUGUCAUGUGUGUUCAAAAUUUAGUAUUUGGUGAAUAAGUGGUAGCCUGUGGGAACUGCGGGCUUGUUUAGAAGAGUUUUUAUUCCAUUUUGUUUCAGUGUGAGUUUUUUGUUUUUUUUAUUUUUAAUUUUAUUUGAAGUUUAUAAUGAGUCAUGAAAUCAAUUUGAGAUUGUAUUAUUUUUGUUUUGUUUUGAUUGAUUGGUUCAUUUAUUUUAAUUCUAUUCUUUUUGGUGUAGUGAUAUCGUUGAUGAUAUAAGAUUAAUGUUUAUA